AACUUUGACUAAAACAAAACAUUUAGUGAAGGGAUAUACGUGUCUAAUAAGUAAGAAUGCUUUUGAAAUUUACCUGAUUUUAUUAAUUUGUCUAAUAAUUCUCCCACGCUGUUUGAUCCAAUUGACCAAAAAUGGAAGAGAAUGGACGGAAAGUGAGGGCGUUGAUAGAGAAGGCCACCAAUUCGACGGCGGCGGAGGUGGACCCGCGCCUCCUCAAGGCAAUCAAAACGAUUGUCCGAUAUUCUGAUUCGGAGCUCCGAAUCGCCGCUCAAGCUUUGAUGGAUCUCAUGAAACGCGACCACUCUCAGGUCAGGUAUCUCACACUUCUCAUAAUUGAUCAACUUUUUAUGCGAUCAAAGCUCUUUAGGAUCCUUAUUGUUAAGAAUUUGGAUCAGCUGUUGACUUUAAGUGUUGGGUUUAGGAAGAAUUUGCCACUUCCUGCUCCGCCAGCUGUUGCAUGUGUUCUGCGUUCAAAGGCGAUUGAAUUCUUGGAGAAAUGGAAUUCUUCAUUUGGGAUUCAUUAUAGACAAAUUAGGUUGGGUUUUGACUACCUUAAAAACACUCUCAGGUUCCAGUUUCCUAAUAUUCAGGCAAAUGCAGCGCGACUUCAGCAGGAGAGAAAGGAAAGAGAGAUGAGGUCAAAAGAGAUUCUGCAGAAUAAGUUUGAAAAGCUGAAGGAAAAUCUUUCUUUAAUUAAGAAAGAGAUACUGUCAACUAUAGAUGAGCUAGGAGAGUGUUUAGAAAUUGUUCGCUCUGAAAGGCAAAGUAUGCCACUUGGACCUUUAGAUGAUGAUGAAGAUUUUGAAGAGUUCCGUCCUUCAGAAUUAAGGCAGAUUCGUCUUGAUUCAUUAAGAGAAGGUGAGAAGAUUCAUGAAAACACUGAGAACAAAGUGGUCUUUGAUGCAUUGAGGGAGUUGUAUAAGCUUUUAGUGACGAAGCAUCUAGUAUCAGUCCAAGAGUGGAUAUCUGUUCUUAUAAGGGUUGAACUAGCAGAUAAUAGAAGUAGAGAUUCUAUCCUGAAGGAGUUCAUUGAUAUCCAAAAGCGUCUCCAAUCUGUGAAGAAGAAAUGUAUAGAUUUAGGUUGUGUACUUCCAGACACUACGAAGCAUGAAAAAGAAGAGGAAGAAGAUAUUUGGGAGGAGGGUAAAAUUGUAUUAACUGAAACUGAGAGUUCUGGUGGUGUACCCAAUAAGCUAAUUGGAAAUUCUUCCACUUCUGGAGAGGUGAAAAAUAAAGCUCCUGCAAGCAGUGAAGAGGAGGCAAAAUGCAAUGCAUCACAAGAUCGUGAACAGGCUGGAACUCAUUCAAGCUCACUCCGAAGUAAUCUCUUAGCUGAAGCUCCAGUUGUAAAGUGGGGCUCUUUCCUUGAUAAUUGGGGUUCAAUUACGGAUAUUCCAGCCAACCAAAGGGGCUUGGAGCUUGAAAGUCACUGGGGUAGGGUAGACCAUGAUGCAGUUAUUCCAGCAGAGAAAAUUGCAGAGCUCAACAUUCGUGCGACUGUUUACCAAGAAGAGCAAGUAGAAAUACAACCAUGCCAUGCUCCGCUGCGCAAAGGUGGACUUUGUCAGAGAAGAGAUUUGAGAGUUUGCCCUUUUCAUGGACCCAUCAUACCCAGAGACGAUGAAGGAAAUCCUAUUAACCAGAGCACUUCAACCGAUGAUACAGCAGACAAUUCAGAGUUAGUAGAGCAAUUAGCAAAACAAGCUGUGAAGAAUAUUCGGGAUAGAGAUAAUGAAGAAGCUCAGAAAAGAAAAAUGGAUAAGCAGUUGCAGAAGCGUGCUAAGCUUGCAAAGAUUCGGGAACAUAAUGAAGCACUUCUAAGGGAUGCUGCCUUGGCUUCCACUUCAAAUUCUGCAUUUGUUGGGGACGAUUUCGAGGCAACCACUGGGGAGAGUUUAUCUGCAAGAAACAAAAAAGAAAGCCUUGCAUCUAUGCUACGUAAGAAAGAAACCACAAAAGAUCGGUUAGCUCAGCGACUUUUGAAUUCCCGAACAAGAGAUGCAACAAUAAGGCAGGUUACACUUGGCGAAGAUGCAAACUACAGAGAAGCAUUUCCAAAUCAAUGGUAGAUGGUUCUCUUCUAUAUUUUCUGGGCUUUUGUAAAGGAUGAGGUACAUGAGCAGAAUAGAGUAGCUGCUAGUGCUUGAACAGCUUCAAUUUGGUGGAAACAAAUCGUUGCAUGUUGAUCGCACAGCAACAUUGCAUGGUUCCAAAGUGCUUGCUGUGAAUAUUGUAUGAAGUCAGAUAUCUUACUGGGUGCACCAUUAAGGCUUCUGGGAUAGAUAAAGAAGAGUGCUUGCUUUGUUGGCUAGUUCUCAAUUGAUGCGAGGCUUUUUACUUUAUCCCUCUCACAGUUUUGUAACAUACCACUGGACAUAGUAACGAGUUGUAACAUUGGAAAUAAAUAAAUCUACAAGGGUUUCAAACCGUGUAA